AACCCAUUCUCAGUUUCUCCCUACCUAGUCGGCCGAGCUACGCAGACCGGAGACAACGUAAACGUAGUAGUUAAAAAACGUCAAAGUCAUUGGUCUGAUUUUCCUAGCAAUAUCCAACCGUUCAAACCAGAGUGCUACCCUCGCUGCUCUACCCAACGCGAAGAAGUCAACAAAAACAAUUAAACAAAAACUGACAAAGAAACGCGUACUUAAGAAAAUAAAUGGGGGCCCGAAAAGAAAAGAAUACUAUAAGCUCGGAGGUUGGAAGAUCUAAACCUGUCCUCAACCCGGACAUGAUUGCGCAGAUGCAUACGCAUUCGGUUUACUUUCUUUCCUUCGCCCUUCAUUUCUGACCAGUCCAAUCUAUUGCCUUGGCCUUUUCUUCUUCUUCUUCUCCUUCUCCGUCCUACCCCUGCAAAGAAAGAACCCAAAUUGCUGUGCUGUUUAGAUCGGCAGCAGCUAAAUCAACCCAAAUGUUCUCCCCUCUUCAUUUCUGCAGACCCAGAUUGAUCACCUCCUCCACUUUGUAUUAUGUUGUGGGCGCCUCGUGAUUUCCUCCAAUGAAACCGCAGCAGCUCGCUUGGGUUUUAUUGAUGCCUCUUAUAUCGAUACUUGUGGCCAGCCAUGUGACUCCGGUCUCCGGCCAAUGCCCGGGAGACCAGCAAUCUCUUCUACUCCAAUUAAAGCAGAGCCUCAAUUUCAGCCGAUCAUUCUCUGGGAAUCUGGCGGGCUGGAAUUCGAGCAUCGAUUGCUGCAACUGGCUUGGUAUAACUUGUGAUCUAGUGGGUGGCCUUGUUCGUGUUGUUGGCCUCAACUUGAGCAAUGAAUCCAUCACCGGCGGACUUGACAACUCCAUCGCUCUAUUCAGUCUUCAGCAUCUUCAGGUCCUGGAUUUGUCUUUCAACAGCUUCAGCACAACGAUUCCAACUGCGGUGUCCAACCUCACCAAUUUGAGACAUCUCAAUCUGUCUAGUGCUGGGUUUUACGGGCAAAUUCCAUCCGCCGUCUCUCAAAUGAGUAGCUUGGUCAGCCUCGAUCUCUCGACGCUUUCUUUCCUGGGCCUUCCGUCCCUGAAACUUGAGAACCCCAAUCUCGCUGGACUUGUUCAGAAUCUCAAGCAACUAACUGAUCUCCGUCUCGAUGGUGUGAACAUAUCAACGCACGGGACUGAGUGGUGCCGAGCCAUAGCUUCUUCGUUGCCGAAUCUCAAAGUAUUGAGCAUGUCCAACUGCCUCCUUUCAGGCCCUAUUGAUUUCUCGCUCUCCGACCUUCAGUCUCUCUCGGUAGUUCGUCUGGACAACAACAACUUCUCCCAUCCAUUUCCUGAUUUCUUUGCAGAUUUCAGAAACUUGACUAUCUUGCGUCUAACCUCUUGCGGGCUGGUAGGAAAGUUUCCUGCAAAGAUACUCCAAAUUCCAAGCCUAGAGAUUCUUGAUCUGUCGAAUAACAAAUUGCUUGAAGGGGAGAUUCCAGAUUUUCUUCAGAAUCACUACUCUAUGCAGACUCUGUUGCUCACCGACACCAACUUCUCAGGCAAGCUGCCUUCAUCCUUGGGAAAUCUUGGCAACUUGUCAAGAAUAGAGCUUUCUCGAUGCAAUUUCAGUGGAACAAUUCCUAGGUCAUUGGAAAAUCUGGCUCAACUGAAUUACUUGGAUUUUUCGUCCAACAAUCUCAUAGGUCCAAUUCCAUCACUUGGCUUGUCGAAAAGUCUAGUGCAUCUGGAUUUAUCUUACAACCAGUUGGCAGGUGAUAUACCGGCUCAAUGGGGAAGCUUUCAGAAACUUGAGUAUGUUGACCUCAGGCACAAUUCUUUCAACGGAAGCAUCCCUCCAUCUUUGUUCUCCAUUCCAACCCUGCAAAAGAUUCAACUCUCCUUCAACCAACUUAAGGGACCGGCUCCAGAGUUUUCAAAUGCUUCUUCUUCGAUUCUGGAUACUUUAGAUUUGAGCAGCAACCAUUUGGAAGGUCCCAUCCCUCGCUCCAUCUUUGAAGUCCAAACACUGAAAGUCCUUGUACUUUCAUCCAAUAGAUUCAAUGGAACCGUACAGCUGAACUGGAUUCAGGCGCUCCAGAAUCUCACUACUCUUGAUCUUUCAUACAACAACUUGACCGUGGAUGCAAGUGGCAACAACAACUCUACCUUGUCAUCCAUUUAUCCUCAGUUCGGCAUAUUGAACCUGGCAUCGAGCAAUUUGAGCCAAUUUCCCGAGCUGGGAAACCAAUCAAGGCUAACCAGGCUAGACCUCUCAGGAAACAAUAUCAAUGGGGUAGUACCUCGCUGGAUUCUGGAAACAACUACAAUAUACCAUCUCAAUCUCUCACACAACAACCUAGUGGAUUUCCAGGUACCGAUUUCUCUUCCCAAUCUUGGUGUCUUGGACAUGCAUCAUAACAAGCUCGAAGGGGAGAUUCCAAUCAUUCAAUCAUCGUUUUCGAUGAUCUACGUGGACUACUCCAACAAUUUUUUCAAUUUCUCAAUUCCAGUUGACAUCAGCAAUUACCUUCCUUAUGCACUCUUCUUCUCACUGUCCAACAAUCGCCUUAGCGGAGCUAUCCCUGCAAGUAUUUGCAAUGCUUCGUAUCUCCAAGUCCUUGAUCUGUCAAACAACACCUUGACCGGUACAAUUCCAAGCUGUUUAAUGGAGAACAUUGGGACGCUUGCUGUCUUAAACCUGAGGGGCAAUAAGCUUCACGGAAGCAUACCUGACACAUUCCAAGCUUCAUGUUCAUUGCAGACUCUUGAUCUCAGUUUGAACCAGCUAAAUGGGAGGGUUCCAAAGUCCUUGAGUAACUGCACAGCAUUAGAAGUGUUAGACCUUGGCAACAACAUGAUUGAUGAUGUCUUCCCUUGUCUUCUGAAGAACAAUUCCAGUUUGCGUGUCCUUAUCCUGAGGAACAACCUCUUUUAUGGAAGCACUGGAUGCCCACAUCUUCCUGGUACUUGGCAAAAGCUUCAGAUUGUCGACCUAGCCUUCAACAAAUUUUCUGGUCCCCUAAAUGGUCACUGCUUAGCUACAUGGCAAGCCAUGAUGGUUGGAGAUGGAAAUGAAACGCAAAAUCACCUCAAAUUCGAACCUUUCAAGUUGACUCAAUUGUAUUAUCAAGAUUCCAUAACAGUUACCAGCAAGGGCCUUGAAAUGGAACUGGUGAAGGUCCUAACAGUAUUCACUUCAGUUGAUUUCUCAAGCAACAAUUUUGAUGGGCCAAUACCUGCAGCCGUGGGUCAAUUGAAUGCACUUUACAUCCUCAAUUUUUCCCACAACGGUUUCACUGGUCAGAUUCCAGCAGUAUUCGGCAACAUCUCACAGCUGGAGUCACUGGAUCUCUCGGAUAACAAGCUCAGUGGCGAAAUCCCGCAGGAACUCACAGAGCUGACAUUCCUUUCAUUCGUAAACCUGUCAAAUAAUAAUCUCCUCGGAAAAAUCCCUACAGGCAGGCAGUUCCUAACAUUUGACAACACUUCAUACCAAGGUAAUCCAGGUUUAUGCGGCAGUCCUUUGAUGAAAUCCUGCUCAGAUAGCAACACCCCGCCUCCUUCAGGGAGAAAGCAGGGACCAGGGCAACAAAGCCUCGAUUGGGAGUUCAUAAUACCUGGAAUAGGGUUUGGAGCUGCUGCAGCAACUGUGAUGGCACCAUUGAUUUUUAGCAAGAAAGCAACCAGGUGGUGCGACGACCACAUCGACAGAAUCCUCAUGGUGCUUCUUCCUCUUUGCGGCUUCAGAUACUACACGAGCAAUGACUGGAGAAGGGUUCAGCCGGAAGACAUGACCGAGGAGUACAACACAGACCUCGAUGACGACGACGAGGAAGAAGAAGAAAGCUAUGAUGAGUUUGGAGGCAGGUAUUGCGUUUACUGCACUAAGCUUGAUAUGACGAGAAAAAUGGCGAUCCACGAUCCAAAGUGUUCGUGCCAUCACCUCUCACGGCCAGUAUCUACAUUUUCUUCUCCCUUCUCAUCAACGACGACUCUGUAGAACCCGGUGAUUGUUCAUGAACGUAGAUACUCGAGAUUUCAUCCUCCCAUUUCAUUCUUUUUUCGUUCCAUUGUCGGUCUGGUUUCUUAUUUCUUUCUUCUUACACGUAUAUAGGGAGAGAAAUUGUAACAGCCAUGAUUUGUGUGCGGAUGAAAGAGUUGUAUAAAAUUGAAAUAUGCAGUUUUGGGAAAUACCAGGCAGCUCUUCGGUCGGGCGUGGUGUCGCUGCGUCUUGGCUAGGCAUUUUGUCGAACAGCUUACGGACUCCUUUCUGAAAUUAUGAAUUCUUCCCGUCCGAUCUUCCCGGAAAGUAAUGCCGCGCUGAUCGUACCUAGGUAGUUCGGAGAACCAAGAAAGGUGCUUUCACCAAGAAAUUGCCUUCGCUGUA